AUGUAAAUUAAACAAGAAGUAUUUGACAUGGUGUUUACCCUGGAAGACAGACGGGGAACUCGGUGUCUGCUGCUGCUUCUGCUGGUCGCAGCCUGGGAGGCGGGGAGCGGCCAGCUCCACUACUCGGUCCCCGAGGAGGCCAAGCACGGCACCUUCGUGGGCCGCAUCGCGCAGGACCUGGGGCUGGAGCUGGCCCAGCUGGUGCCGCGCCUGUUCCGGGUGGCGUCCAAGGGCCGCGGGGACCUUCUGGAGGUGAAUCUGCAGAACGGCAUUUUGUUUGUGAAUUCUCGGAUCGACCGCGAGGAGCUGUGCGGGCGGAGCCUGGAGUGCAGCAUCCACCUGGAGGUGCUCGUGGAGCGGCCGCUGCAGGUUUUCCACGUGGAGGUGGAGGUGAGGGACAUUAACGAUAACCCGCCUGUGUUCCCGGUAGAGGAACAAAGAGUGCUGAUUUACGAAUCUAGGCUGCCAGAUUAUCUGUUUCCACUGGAGGGCGCGUCCGAUGCUGAUGUGGGCUCAAAUUCCAUCUUAACCUAUAAACUCAGUUCCAGCGAAUAUUUUGUGCUAGAUGUGAAAACAGACAGUGCUGACAAUAAGCAAGUUGGGCUUCUAUUAAGAAAAGCCUUGGACAGAGAGGACGCUCCUGAACACAGCCUACUUCUGACAGCCACCGAUGGGGGCAAGCCUGAGCUCACAGGCUCCGUUCAGCUGCUUGUCGCUGUGCUGGAUGUGAACGAUAAUGCUCCCGCGUUCGAACGGUCUGAAUAUGAAGUAAGAAUAUUUGAAAACUCGGACAAUGGAACGACAAUGAUCAGACUGAAUGCUUCUGAUCGGGAUGAAGGAGCGAAUGGCGCGAUUUCAUACUCUUUUAAUAGCCUUGUUCCAACCAUGAUUAUGGAGCAGUUUAGCAUAGAUCCAAAUACCGGGGAGAUAGUAACUCAGGGGAAUCUGGAUUUUGAACAAGUAAAAUUGUACAAAAUCCGCAUCGACGCGACGGACAAAGGCCACCCUCCGAUGGUGGGUCAUUGCACCGUUUUAGUAAGAGUUUGGGAUAAAAACGACAACGUCCCUCAGAUUACAACAAGAUUUUCUGAUAGAAAACGGGUAUUUAACAUGGUGUAUUCCUGGCGAAGAGAUUCGGGAUCCCAGCGCCUGCUGCUCUCGCUUCUCUUUCUGGCAGCCUGGGAGGCAGGGAGCGGCCAGCUCCACUAUUCGGUCCCGGAGGAGGCCAAGCACGGUACCUUCGUGGGCCGCAUCGCGCAGGACCUGGGGCUGGAGCUGGCCCAGCUGGUGCCGCGCCUGUUCCGGGUGGCGUCCAAGGACCGCGGGGACCUUCUGGAGGUGAAUCUGCAGAACGGCAUUUUGUUUGUGAAUUCUCGGAUCGACCGGGAGGAGCUGUGCGGGCGGAGCUUGGAGUGCAGCAUCCACCUGGAGGUGCUCGUGGACCGGCCGCUGCAGGUUUUCCAUGUGGAGGUGGAGGUGAGGGACAUUAAUGACAACCCGCCGGUGUUCCCAGUGAAAGAGCAAAUGCUGUUUGUUUCAGAAUCCAGAAUGCCAGACUCGCGGUUUCCGCUAGAGGGCGCGUCUGAUGCCGACGUUGGAAGUAACGCUUUUUUAACUUACAGGCUUAGCUCUAAUGAUUACUUCACACUAGAUGUGAAUUCAAAGAACGACCAGAAUAAACUGGUUGAACUCGUAUUAAGAAAAGCCUUGGACAGAGAGGACGCUCCUGAACACAGCCUAUUUCUGACAGCCACCGAUGGGGGCAAGCCUGAGCUCACAGGCUCCGUUCAGCUGCUUGUCGCUGUGCUGGAUGUGAACGAUAAUGCUCCCGCGUUCGAACGGUCUGAAUAUGAAGUAAGAAUAUUUGAAAACUCGGACAAUGGAACGACAAUGAUCAGACUGAAUGCUUCUGAUCGGGAUGAAGGAGCGAAUGGCGCGAUUUCAUACUCUUUUAAUAGCCUUGUUCCAACCAUGAUUAUGGAGCAGUUUAUCAUAGAUCCAAAUACCGGGGAGAUAAGAAUAAAGGGACGGAUUGAUUUUGAAGAAAGUGCAACGCACAAGAUCCAAAUAGAGGCUGUGGAUAAAGGCCCCCUACCACUGGCUGGCCAUUGUACAGUUCUUGUGGAAGUUGUGGACGCUAAUGACAACGCUCCACAGUUGACUGUCAAAACGCUAUUGCUUCCUAUAAAAGAAGACGCACAACUAGGGACAGCUAUCGCCCUGAUUAGCGUUACUGACCUUGACUCCGGCGCCAACGGACAGGUCACCUGCUCCCUGACGCCCCAGGUCCCCUUCAAGCUGGCGCCCACCUUCAAGAAUUACUACUCGUUGGUGCUGGACGGCGCCCUGGACCGCGAGAGCGUGUCGGCCUACCAGCUGGUGGUGACCGCGCGCGACGGGGGCUCGCCCUCGCGGUGGGCCACGGCCAGCGUGGCGGUGGAGGUGGCCGACGUGAACGACAACGCGCCCGCCUUCGCGCAGCCCGAGUACACGGUGUUCGUGAAGGAGAACAACCCGCCGGGCUGCCACGUCUUCACGGUGUCGACGAUGCUGCUGUACACGGCGCUGCGGUGCUCGGCGCCGCCCCCCGAGGGCGCGUGCGGGCCGGGCAAGCCCCCGCUGGUGUGCUCCAGCGCGGCGGGGAGCUGGUCGUCCUCGCGGCCGAGGCGGCAGAGGGUGUGCUCUGGGGAGGGCCCGCCCAAGACCGACCUCAUGGCCUUCAGCCCCGGCCUUCCGCCCUGCCCAGUGGUAGAUGCUGAAGUGGAUGAUCAAUCUAUUGGAGGGGACCACUCUAGGAAGAUGACAUGA